GUGCUUAUGGGUGGUGGACGGAGCUAUCUCGUAAACGAGACACGAGGUGGUGAACGCACUGAUGGGAAAAACAUCGACCUCGAAUGGAGCAAGUUGGGUGGUGCCAGACGAGUGCUAACUGACACCCUCUCCUUGCAAGAGCUUGAAGCAAGUGACGACAAGUUGUUAGGUAUAUUUGCCCCCUCGCACUUUCCCAUGUAUCUUCAAGAACAAUUGGAAGGCAAGAAAACAGUUCCUCGAUUAUCGGAAAUGACAGUGAAGGCGAUUGAACAAUUACAACAAAGCGAGGAAGGCUUCUUCCUCAUGGUGGAAGGUAGGUAA